AUGAGAGGUAGUGAUCUAAAUUUAGCAAUCUAUAAUUCAAAUUUUUUUAUUAGAAAGUGUAUAAUAGUAUUUUCAUUAUUAUUUAACAUAGUUAUGAUAAUGUUAUUAUACUUUAAUAAAAGAUAUGAUAUACUGAAAUAUGGAAUGACAACUAUAAAUGAAAUAGCAACAAUAUCAAAUAUUUUUUUGUUAAGUAGUCCUACUAUACAAAAAAAUGGAAAUAUAGAUGAACUUAUUGAUCCUGGCAAAGCAUUAUUUAAUGAAGGCGGCGCAUCAGUUUUAUUUGAUUGUCUUGUGCUCUGUAUGUUAGUUAAAAUGUUAAUCUUUUAUAGCUAUUGGUGGUGCACAUUAUAUUUAUUAAUAUUUGUGUCUAUGUUUUACAAACUGGAUAAAAGUGCUUCAAUAGACUAA